AAUGCUGAUUCUGUAUCUUAAAAGACAAUUCAUCUCCAUUACAAGUUGCCAUUGGACCAGUACAUUUUGAUAUCAUGGCAAGACACAAGAUCCUCACCUUUACUGUGAUGUAUUUCAUCCAGGCUUGGACUUUGGGUGUGGACUCCAAGAUGGUUCAUCUCCGUCAGCCUGGUCUCCAUUCCCCCAUACCCUUAGACAUGGUCCCUAACUCUGUUGACGACAAGUACAAACGCUGCACUGAAAAAAUGUACAAGAAGGUGCAGGAGGAGUAUCUCCCAAAUGAAAACUCCACUGAAGGGAUCUUCAAACAAGCCUGGAUGAAAGCAGAAAGAUGUGCAAAAAAUGUGACGCAACGAUUCGAAAAGGACAAGUCCAAGUACAAUUCUAAAGACAAACUUACACAUGAUCAUAUUAAGGCUAUCUGUGCUUACACAGCAGAGAAACCUGACAUAUACUCAGUGUUCAACCAAGCAGUUCGGACCAAUAGAACAGAGUACACAACCUCCUUCCACUUCCACUCCCUGCAUUUCCUGCUGACUGACGCCAUUCGCCUCCUGAAACUUAACCAACUGGGCUGUCACACCACAUAUCGAAGAACCAAAGUGGAGUUUGUCAGUAAAGUUAACAAAGUAAUUAGAUUUGGCUUCUUUGCCUCCAGUUCCCUCGACAAGGAAAUGAGUAAAAACAAAUUUGGCGACAAGUCUUGCUUUGAGAUAAAGACAUGUUUUGGCGCUGACCUGAAGUCCUUCCCCAAACUGGGGAAUCAUGAAAAGGAGGUGUUGAUUCCACCGUAUGAAGUGUUCAAAGUUAUUGCUGUGCUGAAGAAAGAAAAUGAUAGAAACCUUUGGUGUGAUGUUGUGUACAAACUAAAAAAUAUCAAAGCCCCCAGGAGUAACCUGAAUUGCAAACUUUUUAAGAAAACAAUUAUUCAUUAAGAAAAUCUCUUGAUCUUGAGUCAUUGAUUUAAAUGAUCUUUAGGGACAAACAUCCAGGCUUCUUAUCCUCUUAAAGCAAAAAAUUUGUUUUCAGUGUCUAAAGAUUUCAUUGUAAUAAGGUAAAUUCAUUGGUUGAUGUUACAUACAAACCUCAUUCUGACUACCUGAAAUAGUGAUUAUUAAGAUGUUUGAACUAACCUGUGUAUCAGACUCCAUAGGAGACUUUAAAGAACGUAUAUGCCUUCUGCAGCUUGUUUCAACAUGAAUAAAGAAAAUCAUUGAGCUUG